UAAUUUUUUAUGUAUCAUUAAUAACAUAAUAGUCAUAAUUUAAUAAUACAUUAAGGUUAUUAUCGCAUUAUAUUUUGCUACAUAUUCUGUUGAGGAAAAAUAACACAAAAAAUCCCAAACUUAUUUAUUUGUAUUUAAUAAUAAUAUUCCUUAUUAAACUAAAACUUUACUUAAAUCUAGAGAAUAAACUAAAUAAUAACAAUUGUAUUUUAUGAACAAACUCAAACAUUAAGGAAAACAUUAAUGUUUAAUAAUAAAAUUAUUUUAAUGUUUAUUAACCCAGACCGGCAUUUAAUUCUCUAUAAAAAACAUUUUAUUUGGUUUUCUGUUUGUUUGUUUUUUUUACUAAAUAAGUCACUCAGGGACUUCCUGAGUUGAAAGUGAGGGAUAAUGUUUAAAAAAGACCCUGAUAAUAAAAUAAAACGGCUAAUAAAAUUAACAAUAUUUACAUUUUAUCACUACUUCGCUAUCUAUUAACCUGUGUUAAUUAAUCUGAAUAGUUUGAAUGCUCCAAUAACAAUCAGGGGGCAGCAGUGAGCUGUGCAACGAGCUCCAGAGGGUCAUCUCCGCUCUCGAGACGUCUAGUGGUCAGGGGAGGAAGAUGCUGAAGCUGCAGACUCUGAAUGCUGAGACGGUCCGGGCAGAGCAUCUCUCUGCAGCGCGGGAGAGCUGGGUUCGGGCCACACAGGUGCUGGAGGAGAUGGAGAGGGAUUUGGGGAUCUCGUACCCCUCCGCUCUGCCCCCCGAAGAGAGACGUCGAUAUCAGCGGGAUGUUCUCUCGCUCCACAAACACAACCAAGACCUCAGCGCCUGCUUGAAGAGCCGCCAGGAAGAGCUCAUGGGUGCUGAAAGAAAUCUGAUGGAUCUUGAGGACGAGAAAAAGUGGCUGCAGGAAAAGGUGGUGGACCUAAAGAGGAAAUGGCUGUAUAAAGUGAGCCGUUCUCCUUCUUUUAGUCCGUCAUUGUCCUCCAGUCGAACUUCAAGCCCUUGCUUUUCCUCUCCUCCGUAUCCUGGAUCCCCGCUGCUGUCCCGCAAACUACCCAGCUCCAGGCCGGACUCCCCUUCGUCUCCCUGCAGCGUUGAUUCAGUGCUGCGGGCUGAGAUCGAAAAGCUUCAGAGGAGUCUGGAGCGCCUGAAAGCCAGGAACGAGCAUCUGAAUGGCGCUCUGGUCAGAAGGAAAGGAGAAUCGGAGCGGCUGAGCAUGAGUCUUAGCCGGCAGGAGGCGGACAGCUCGGCUCUACACAUGGCUCUGACGUACUGUGAGGAGUGUGAGGAGGCUUACGGCGAUCUGCUGUCCCUGUGCGAAACCAGAAAACGGCAGAACUCAGAAACAAACAGCACACCCCAGCCUGACCUCUCAAAGUCAAGCGAGGAGCCAUCCUCCGGUCCACCGGGGGGCGCUGCUGAGACCGAACCAAACAGCUUGCCGGAGAAGGAGUUUGAGGACAAAUCUGGUGUACUUCUGCAAAGGAUCUCCAGGCUGAAGCAGGACAAGGCCGCCGUGUGUAUCCCGCAGCGGGGCGAAGCAGGAGAGGGCAAGAUCAGUCCCGACACUGGCACGCUCGCAGGGGUCAGAGGUCGCGCCAGUUCACUUUCCAAAAACACCAAAGAAGAGAAAGCAGCUUUGCUGUAUGAGCUUGUGACAGUCAGGGAGGAGAUGUCAGAGAUGCGUGGGAAUCUGCGGCUCCUGGAGAAAGAGAGGCGGUGUUUGGACCUGGCCCUGAUGGUCCAGAGUGCCCAGGAUUCAGCUGGUGCUCUGAUCCUGGACAGUCUGCGAGACGAGCUAGGAGAGAGGAGAGCCACUCAACAGAGAAUUGCUCAAAAUUUGGCAAAAAUAGACGUUGAAGGGGGAAUUCCUGGUCCUAGAAAUCACUCUAUCCUAAGAGAACUACAAGCCGCACUGCAAAGGGAACAGUCACUGAGGAGGAAAGUGGCGGCUUUACGCGAGUCGCUGGACUCGGCGCUCACGGACAGCACUACUCAGAGAAGGAUCAGCCGAGAGGAGACCGCACGUCUCUCCCGCUACUACACUAAAGCUUCAAGCACCUACAGAAGUUCUCGAAAGAAGCAUCAGGAGCAGCUGUGGCAGCUGGAGAAGCAAAGCGCAGUCAUGAGCGAACGUCACGCUAAAGAGGAGACCGAACUAAGUGCUACGCUAGAAGCUAUGGAGUGGAGGAGAGAGGAGACAAUACUCUAGACAGAGCAGUUACUACUUUAAAUUAGUUUGCCGGCUCCUGUUGGUGUAGAUAUAGCAUCACGCAAACGUUUUGUUACUGACAUGAUUGUAAUAAUAUUCUUCGUAGAAACAUUUAUUACCCAUUUUGACAGUUGGGAAUGCACAUCAUGUUAACAGACAAGUAGUAAAACGCAACGAUUGCAAGUAUAGCUUUUGGGAAAGGCCAGCUAUUCUAGGCCCUGAUAUUACUUUACAUCAUCAUCAUAUAUAU